UGUUCCCGUGUCGAUCACAGAGCUCCCAGGUGUCUUCUGAGUACUCCCUGGGGAAGGCAGAGCUCAGCUCUCAGGCCCAUCGGCCGUGUCCUGGAUCUGACUGUUUCAUGAGCUGGCCGGUCCCUUAUAUGUCCUCUCUCUAAAGGGGCAGAUGUUAGUUUCCGUCUAGGUAUUGCCAGUGUCUGGACUUCACGUUCUGUUUUCAGUUUUUCAACAAGUAAACUUGUGUGUUGAGCACGGGCCUUGUCCCUGCCAUGUACCGAGUCUCAGAGUUAAAAGUGUGCAGGAGAUAAGCCCAUUCUCACAAAGCUGGGACAGGGGCUGGAAACUGGGAGGAUGUGCCAGGCAUGUGCCAGUCAGAGGCUUAUUGCAGUGAAGGCUGCAGGCAGUGGAGAGUAGGGGGUGUGCCGCUGAGCAACUACAGUCACAUUUGUGUGGGGGGACAUGGGUACCAGAGUUUGUGCUGUGGACACUCCUGCUCACGCAGAAGGGAGGGAGGGACUGAGCCUGCUCUGGAAAGGGGUGUCCAGAGCGAGUCUGCUGAGAUAGCAUAGGAGGGGGCUCUAGGAUGGAUGACGUCCAUUCUGAGCAGUAGGGAUACCUGAUAAGCCUAGUGUUCUCCAUGCUUGUGUAUCCCAGUAAACUCAGCAAGGCCAUAUCUGAUUGUUAUGAAUUUAAUAUGGAUAUUUUACAACUGUUUGAAAUCUGUUAGCUUUUAUUAUAUUUACCUCUAUUGCAAACCGUUUUCCUCUUAGCCAGAAGUUCUAAAUCAAGGGGAUCCAACUUUUUCCCCUCUGUCACACACUGGACGACAAACACUAAUGAAAGCUGAUGAGCAGAAAAGUCCACACGUACUUUUCAUCAUUUCUGCCACAUAGAUAAGAAAAACAUCCUCAAAUAGUCAGCAAGUGGCCCUCAGGCCGCAGGUUGGACAGCCCUGUUUAAAGUGUACCCCAGAUUAUCUCUGGAGCUGCUGUCUGUGCUGGACAGUGUCUGACUGGCCUCCCGGCAUCUAGAGUUGGGAGUGCUCUUUGCCAUAAGGCUUUGCACAGUGGACAGGACAGUGUGGGGACAGCGGCACUUCUUAGUUGUCCCUGGCUGUUUUCAUGCUGAAAAUGAAUAAUAAAAGCAAUAUACAUCUACCACAGGGACUUUGGAACUAGGGAAAAUGAUAAAGUACUGGGUUUUAUUUAAUCUCAGAACUGCCUUUAGCUUGUUUGUCUCUCAAUCUGCCGUCCUCCCUUUCUCCUUUCCUGUCAGUGGGCGAUGACACGUGGCAGUUUUCCUCUGUUACUUCUAUCACUGCUUUUCAGGAUGCCUUAGAGUCUGCGAUGAAGAAUGGCUUAUGGGGUCAUGCUCUAUUACUUGCAAGUAAGAUGGACAGCCGGACACAUGCCCGAGUCAUGACCAGGUUUGCCAACAGUCUUCCGAUCAAUGACCCUCUACAGACUGUCUAUCAGCUCAUGUCUGGGCGGAUGCCCGCUGCAUCCAUGUGUUGUGGAGAUGAGAAGUGGGGAGAUUGGAGGCCACACCUUGCUAUGGUCUUGUCCAACUUGAACAACAACGUCGACGUAGAGUGUAGGACCAUGGCCACGAUGGGCGACACUCUGGCUUCGAAAGGUCUCCUUGAUGCUGCCCAUUUUUGCUACCUUAUGGCCCAGGUUGGAUUUGGGUUUUAUACCAAGAAAUCUACGAAACUUGUCUUAAUUGGAUCAAAUCACAGUUUGCCAUUUUCAAAGUUUGCAACCAGUGAAGCGAUUCAGAGGACCGAAGCCUAUGAGUAUGCGCAAUCCCUGGGGGCCCAGACACACUCUCUGCCCAGUUUCCAGGUGUUUAAAUUCAUCUAUUCGUGCCGCCUGGCUGAGGUGGGUCUGGCCACACAAGCCUUUCAUUACUGUGAAGCGAUUGCCAGGAGCAUCCUGAUGCAGCCCCACAAGUACUCCGCAGUGCUGAUCAGCCAGCUGAUUCAGGUAGCAUCCCAGUUACGACUAUUCGAUCCUCAGCUAAAAGAGAAGCCAGAAGAGGAAUCCUUUGUUGAGCCUACAUGGCUGGUUCACCUGCAGCACGUGGAGAAGCAGAUCAAGGAGGGGGCUGUGGUCUGGAUUCAAGAUGGAGCCUUCACCCAGCAGUGUCCUAGCACACCCAGCUCCGAGGGGGGACAGCUGGAUGGUCCAGGACUUGGUCAGCCGGUGGAUCUGGAGCCUGAUAACCUGCUGCUAGGGGUGCCUGUGCCGAGCACUGAGCACCUGAGCCAGGGUGUGCGGCUACUGCCUUCCGCUCCACAGAUGCUCACCAGUGCCCAGCUGGCCAACCCUGCCAGGGUGCCAAUGUUCCCAGUGCCACCGCCCCCAGGCCCUCUUGAGUCCGGUCCUGCCUAUGGACCCCCAGGGUCUGCACCUGGCUUCCCAGAGCCCUCCAAGCCUGAUCCUACAGCUCUGUACCCAGGGCCUGGCCUGCCACCUGGCACAUCAUCUCUCCAGGAAAGCAGACUCCUCCUCCAAGAGGCCAGGAGCGCUGACCCAGGGAUGCUGCCACCAGAAGCGCCUGUCCGAAACUCACUUCCGGAGCCCAGUGAAGAGGACUUGGGUGGAAAUUUUGCUAAUCUGGGACCCUCAAGAACAGUGCCAGAUGCAGAGACCCCCACGGGAUGGGAUCGUGUUAACUUGGGUUCCACUCAGCCACCUCUUUCUCUGACACCUGCUCCUGAAAUGAAGCGGCCUGGACAGGCUGUUAAGAAAGAAGUCAAAGAACCUAAGAAGAGUGAAUCCUGGUUCUCUCGUUGGCUACCUGGGAAAAAAAGGACAGAAGCUUAUUUGCCAGAUGACAAGAACAAAUCGAUUGUUUGGGAUGAAAAGAAAAACCAAUGGGUGAAUUUAAAUGAACCAGAAGAGGAGAAGAAGGCUCCACCCCCUCCUCCAACCUCAUUUCCCAUGGUGGUGCAAGCUGCCCCCUCGGGCCCUGCAGGGGUGAACGUGUUCUCUAGGAGAGCAGCCGGAACAAGAGCCCGUUAUGUUGACGUUUUAAACCCAUGUGGGUCCCAGAGGAAUGAAGCACCUCUUGCUCCUGCGGAUUUCUUUGCUCCACUGGCCCCGCUACCUAUUCCUCCUAACUUCGUACCAAACUCAGAUGCAGAAGAAACACAGCUUGCAGACGGGGCUAGCAGGGAAGGGCAGACACCAGCUCGGGGCCAGGCCCCCCCAGAGGUGUUGAGUUCUGCAGCAUCACCCCCCGGCUCUGAGCUCCCACCCUCCCAGCCAGACUGUCCUCGGGGCGGGCUUUCACGCUGUAGUUCAAUGAGUUCGUUAUCGAGGGAAGUAAGCCAGCACUUUAAUCAGGUACCUGUGGCUGGCGGUCCUCUCUCCCCUCGUGCUCCUGGCGACCUCCCUGCUGCAGGGGGCCCUCCUGGGGGCACCGUGCCCUUCUACAACCCUGCUCAGUUGGCACAGGUUUCUACUACCCCUGGGAGCUCGCGACCAGGAAGGAUUGGCCAGAGGAAAUACCCAACAUUGAACUAGAAAUGUCCCUAUUUAGAAUUUGCAUCUGGAACCCUCAGAUGACUGUUCUCUACCAAGAAGCCGACUGCACACCAGAAGAGCAGUAACUCAGAGCUGGUCAUACUCUGCAUCUCCCUCCCUCCCACGUGUUUCUAUGAAUUAUUUCAGAAAUUAAUUCCACAGCUCCUUUCAGAUGCUGGAUGAAAAGAAUGAAUCUUUGACUCAUCUUUUACCUAAAGUGAUACUUUCUUAAGUCAUUUCAGGUGAUUUAAGGAUAUAACAUUCUCAGUCAUACAAGAAUAUUCUAUUCCAUUGAAUGAACAUAGAAUUCUUCAGUGCAGGAGGGCAUUGUUCAUCAAUAACUCGGGGCCUCUCUCAAAACCCAGCUGUGAACUAUUGCCCAGGUAAUCCCAUACCUUCUUUAAGAUGUUGGGAGAAAAGAGUAGAUGUUUGACUUGAAGAAGGAGAUACUGCCACCUGCUCUGCAGCCAGGGACAGCUCUGCCCUGUUGGAGAGCCUGAAAGAGUGACUAGAAUAGAAGCCUCAUUCUCAGGCAGAAUCUUAGCAGAGGGAGCAUUUGUUUGGCAAUGGUUCAGAGUUAGGUUUUGAGAGAGGCUCCGGUCACUGAAACGAAUCUCUCCUGUAGCCCAGUUAGAACCAUGGGUGUUCCAUGCACCUGAAGGACAGCGCUGCCACCCCACGAUAUCCACAGUUUGGUGGGUGUCACUGUUCAGGACCUGGAGUGCACACUCUGAAGGGGCUGUGCUUUCUCAAGAAUGGUUUCUACAGUGCUGGCCAGCUGACCUCCUUUCUCUCACCUGGGUGUCAUCAUUUGAGGAUUGGUGACAUGAUGAAAAGAAUGGCUCAAACAAUUCUUGCCGCAGCUCUGAGGCCUGAUGCUUCUGGGUCUGCGUCCGAAGCCGCUCCUGCACCAGCUUGGCCAUGUGGACCUGCAAGACCCUCUCAGUGGGCUCUGAGCUUUAAGGUGUCAUUGACUGUUCUGAAAACUCUUCGUACCGUUGUUAAAUCUAAAGAGACUGAAGAAAAAAGAUUUAAAUAUUUAUAAAAAUCAAUAGGUAAUAAUUUCUGUAGCUUCUCCUGGGGGAACAUAAGCAGUUUGGUAUUUUAAGUGUAGAAAUUAUAGAAUAUGGAUUUAGCUCAGGCCCUUCCCGAUUUUCUGUUCUACUUGAUCAUCUAGGAAGGACCCAGAGCAUCUUUUAGGACGCCUCACAGAUGCAUCUGACCAGAUCCACCAGUUCGUGGCACUUUGAGAAAGGCCUGUCCCUAUGCCUGGGCAGCCCUGUGCCCCUUGGUCAGCUGGUGCGGUUCCUGGACCUUCUGCAGUCUAGUGCUGCCCACUGUUCUCUGGUGGACUGUCCAUGACUUUUGAUUCAAGAAGCUUCCUCCAGGCGGGAGCUGCUAUUUUUCCUAAAUGAAAAUUAUUACAUUGCAAAUUGUUGAAUAAAAUAUUUUGCGGGCUCAAGCA